AUGGAGGGAUUCAUAGAAGUAAAUGAAAUAUCGGAUUUUGUUUCAUACAUACGUAGCAUUGAAUGGCGUGAUCCAUGGCUUAUAGCACUUCUAUCCUUUCAUGUGCUGGUGACAUUCAUGUGCUUUUCAACAAGAAAUUAUGGAAACUUUCAAGUCAUUCUGUUCAUAACAUUAUUGCUUCUGGUAUAUUUCUCGGAGAGCAUAAACGAAGUGGCCGCCAGAAAUUGGACGCUGUUCUCUCGGCAGCAGUACUUCGAUAGCAAAGGCCUGUUCAUAUCCGUCGUUUUCUCCAUACCAAUACUGCUGAACUGUAUGAUAAUGGUGGGCUCCUGGCUGUACCAGUCGACGCAGAUAAUGACCAACUUGAAGAAGGCACAGCUGCGGCAGCGCCUGAAAGAGCUGAACAUGAACCGGGAACAGCAGCAGCGCAUGAUGAAGACCGAG